UGUGAAUGCAGACAGGCAGGGGGCGUGCAAAGGCCACCGGAGAGCAGAGCUGUAUCUGCACAGGCUGAGGCUGCUGGCAGAGGAAAAGUGAUCGUGGCAGAGGAGAGAUGUAGCAGCGCUGCUCGGUGGGACUCUGUGGCCAGCCGUCUGUCACUUUUUAAAAAAAACACAACAGAAAUUGUUUUUGUUAGACAUUACCGUGAAUGGGAAAGAUUGAAUGCAUCUUAUAGCACAGUGGCGCCGUGUGAAUGUGUCGCGUAAUGCGACCGAGAAGGAUUGCCUCUCGGGGGAAAUAUUUAUGUUUCGGGACGGUUUUGUUGGAGUAGCUAGUUGCUAGCGCUGGGCUAGCGACUGUGCUGGCUACUUGGAACGUAUUCUGCAAGGAUGCUUCGGUGGAUACGACAGCAGCUGGGCUUUGACCCCCCUCAUCAGAGUGAUACCAGGACAGUGUACGUAGCUAAUCGUUUCCCCCAGAAUGGCCACUACAUACCACAACGCUUUGCCGAUAACAGAAUCAUCUCAUCCAAGUAUACAGUUUGGAAUUUUGUCCCCAAGAAUCUGUUUGAGCAGUUCAGAAGGAUAGCAAACUUCUACUUCCUCAUUAUCUUCCUUGUACAGUUAAUGAUAGAUACGCCAACUUCCCCAGUAACCAGCGGCCUGCCUCUGUUCUUUGUGAUCACAGUAACUGCCAUAAAACAGGGCUAUGAGGACUGGCUGAGACACAAGGCUGACAAUGAGGUGAAUGGGGCUCCAGUGUUUGUGGUUCGCAGUGGAAGUCUGGUCCAGACGAGAUCCAAGAAUAUCAGGGUGGGAGACAUCGUCCGUGUGGCUAAAGAUGAAACGUUCCCAGCAGACCUGGUGUUACUGUCGUCAGAUCGUCCAGAUGGCACCUGUCACAUCACCACAGCCAGUCUUGACGGAGAGACCAAUCUCAAGACCCAUUACUCUGUGCCUGAGACAUCAGUGUGCCAGUCAGUCUCCCAGCUGGAGGCAUUGCAGGCUGUGGUGGAGUGUCAGCAACCAGAAGCUGACCUGUACAGAUUUGUUGGUCGUAUGACGGUGACUCAUCAUGGGGAGGAGAUAGUUAGACCGCUGGGUCCAGAGAAUUUGCUGCUGCGAGGGGCCAGGUUGAAAAAUACCAAAGAAAUUUUUGGUCUUGCUGUUUAUACAGGCAUGGAGUCCAAGAUGGCACUAAACUAUAAGUGCAAGUCCCAGAAACGCUCUGCCGUAGAGAAGUCCAUGAAUACCUUCCUCAUCAUCUACCUGAUCAUCUUGCUGUCCGAGGCCAUUCUCAGCACCAUCCUAAAAUAUGCCUGGCAGGCUGAGACCAAAUGGGACGAACCUUUCUACAACCAAAAGACAGAAGCAGAGAGAAACAGCAGUCCGAUCUUAAAGUUCAUCUCAGACUUUUUGGCUUUUCUGGUGCUCUAUAACUUCAUCAUCCCUAUCUCACUCUACGUUACUGUGGAGAUGCAAAAGUUCCUAGGCUCUUUUUUCAUUGGCUGGGAUUUGGACCUUUACCACGAGGAAAGUGACCAGAAAGCUCAGGUCAAUACCUCUGACCUCAAUGAAGAGUUGGGACAGGUGGAAUAUGUGUUUACUGAUAAGACGGGCACACUAACAGAAAAUGAAAUGCAGUUCCGCGAGUGUUCAAUUAAUGGAACCAAGUACCGGGAAGUUAAUGGCAAACUGAUACCAGAGGGAAUGACAGACGACUCACCAGAUGGUUCUAUGCCUCCCCUGAUGGGUGACGAAUUGUUAUUUCUCAAGGCAGUGUCACUUUGUCACACAGUUCAGAUCAGCUACGACCAGUCAGACUGCCUGGCUGUGGGAGGAGACCCAUUCUCCCAUGCCAAUGGGUUCUCUUCCAGUCCCAUGGAGUACUACGCCUCUUCACCGGAUGAGAAAGCUUUAGUAGAGGCAACAAAAAGGAUUGGAGUGGCCUUCACUUGCAGCAAUGGAGAUACCAUGGAAAUCAAAACUUUUGGCAAGUCUGAAAAGUAUAAACUGCUCCAUGUACUCGAGUUUGAUCCUAACCGCAGGAGGAUGAGUGUCAUACUGCAAACUCCCUCAGGAGGCAAAGUGCUGUUCACCAAGGGGGCGGAGUCUGCCAUUUUGCCUUUCACGACUAGUGGUGAGAUUGAAAAGACAAGGCUGCACGUUGAUGAGUUUGCUUUGAAAGGUUUGCGAACCCUGGUCGUAGCAUGCCGCCACUUCAGUCCGGAGGAGUACAUCGAUGUGGACAAGAAACUAAACAGUGCCCGCACCGCGCUGCAGCAGAGGGAGGAGAGACUGCAGGAAGCCUUCAGCUACAUUGAAAAAGACUUGCAGCUCCUGGGAGCAACAGGAGUGGAGGACAAACUUCAGGACAAGGUCCAGGAGACCAUUGAGGCUUUGCGGCUCGCAGGAAUCAAAGUAUGGGUGUUGACAGGGGACAAACAUGAGACGGCAGUCACUGUAAGCCUGUCCUGUGGCCACUUCCACAGAACCAUGAACAUCCUGGAGCUCCUGCAGCAGCACUCUGAUAACGAGUGUGCUGAGCAGCUCCUCACACUGUCCAGGAGGUUAAGGGACGACCAUGUCAUACAGCAUGCAUUGGUUGUAGAUGGAGCUAGUCUGUCUUUAGCAUUGAGGGAACACGAGAAGCUCUUUAUGGAAGUGUGUAAAAACUGUUCAGCUGUGCUGUGCUGUCGGAUGGCCCCACUGCAGAAAGCUAAGGUUGUGCGUCUUUUAAAGACCUCUCCAGAAAAACCCAUCACCUUAGCUAUUGGGGAUGGAGCCAAUGAUGUCAGUAUGAUACAGGAAGCCCAUGUGGGCAUAGGUAUCAUGGGGAAGGAGGGUCGUCAGGCCGUGAGAAACAGCGACUAUGCAAUUGCCAGGUUCAAGUUCCUGGCCAAACUCCUGCUGGUCCACGGGCACUUCUACUACAUUCGAAUAGCUACUCUUGUACAGUACUUUUUCUACAAGAAUGUGUGUUUUAUCACGCCGCAGUUUUUAUACCAGUUCUUCUGUUUGUUUUCACAACAAACUCUGUACGACAGUGUUUAUCUGACACUGUACAACAUCUGCUUCACCUCGCUGCCAAUCCUUGUGUACAGUCUGUUUGAACAGCUGGUCCAUCCGCAUGUAUUGCAGAACAAACCUGGCCUGUACAGGGAUAUUAGCAAGAACUCUCUGCUCUCUUUCCGGACCUUCUUGUACUGGACUGUUUUGGGUUUCUGUCACGCCUUUGUCUUCUUCUUUGGAUCCUACAUACUAAUGGGAGAGGACACCACACUUAUGGGCAAUGGACAGAUCUUGCGAGCUAACAGGCAGCUGAUGUUUGGGAACUGGACAUUUGGAACACUGGUCUUUACUGUCAUGGUCAUCACUGUCACGUUAAAGCUUGCAUUAGAGACUCAUUUUUGGACGUGGAUGAACCAUUUUGUGACAUGGGGCUCAAUUGCCUUCUAUUUCAUCUUCUCUCUCUUCUAUGGAGGCAUCAUCUGGCCAUUCCUGCACACCCAGGACAUGUACUUCGUCUUUGUGCAGCUGCUGUCCAGCGGUUCAGCCUGGUUCGCCAUUAUCAUCAUCGUCAUAACUUGCCUCUUUCCUGAUGUGUUGAAGAAGGUCUUGUACAGACACCUGCAGCCCACCAGCACACAGACGAGUCAGUCUAUACCAGCCUCCCAGGCGCAGAACCUCAGCUGCAUGGAAUCCCUGUGCUGCUACCAACAUGGGGAGAGCGGCUGUACCCGCCUGGCCCGCCUCCUGGAGCAAAUGACUGGACACUGCAAGGCCAGCGCCAACAAUUGCCACACAUCCAGCCGCAACAACAGGUGGGGAAGACUACGACAUCGAGAAAGCGUGAUUUUGAAUGGCGAACCCUCGGCACCUCUUGGUGUCAGAAAUCUGGGCUACAGUCCCGACUGUUGUAGCCCAUAAUGUGACUGCAGGUCAACUGUCUUGGAGCGACACAGAGAACUUGUACUCCAACGAUCGCAGCAUCCUGACGCUGUCGCCCAUCGAGGCCACCCACUGCUGACUCCCGGGGCCGCUGACUGUAGCACAGGGGGCCAGGGGGAGAGCCACUGCUCCAUUAUGAGUCAUAAUCACACCCCCUGCAACCUCAGCCACCAUUUUCGAAACAAUUUCAUUUUAAACUCUAUUAAUUCCCAGCAGGAUGCAGCACUGCUACAAAUGGGAUAAGGAUCCAAAGAACUCGUUUGAGUCUAUGCUGAGAGGAACGUCAGAUGGGAGUGAAAACUCUGAAGGAAAUGGAACAUGUGGUGCGAGCCAUCCGUGCAGCUACGUUUACGCUCGAAGAUCCGGUCUGUGUCUGAGCUGUAAAAUGCCUGGAUUCCUGCUGCUUCUGCUAGCAGCAGAUCUACAAGUCCCUCAAACUGGAAAACACCCUCAAUAAAAUCAGUUUUUAGUCACGUGAGCUCUUCUGGGGCCUUUUCAUUGUCAAAACAGCGAUUCCUGACUGAGUAUGCUUUUUGCUGCGAGUGUCAAAGCGAGCAUCAGUCAAAGCAGCGAUGAAAUCCAGAGGAUUUGUCAAGUCGACAGCAAGCCAGGAUCAUAAACGUAGCUCAACAUCCUGUUGCUUCCAUAAACUGCUACAAAAACUCUUCAUUCAGACCUCCCACCACAGCCCUGCAGCAUCCAGAACAUGAAGCCUCAUCUCUACUGCGGUACCAAAGACCAAAACGGAUUCCGACUGGAGUUUAAAAGGAAAAGUGUUUAUUUUUUGUGCCUGAUUGUAAAGAAGCUUAUAUUGUUAAAGGAGACUUGUUGUUGUUCAUGCUGCUUUUGUCGUCUGUUCUGGCCUGUUUGCCCCCCCUCCCAGUGCACCACUGUGAAAGAGGCCCGAUGUUUUAAAAAGCCAUACGUUUUUGAAGAGGUCAGAUUACUGGAGGUACUGCAGAUGGACGCUUGUGGGAGCUUGUUGUUAAAUUUGUUCCCCUCAAAUGCCUUUUGUCACCCAGCCCGGUGACCAGAAGCAUCUCAGCAUUAAAGCCCACGAGGGUCUGGCAGAAUCAUCAAUGUCAGCUGCCUAAAAAUACGUCCGAUUUGACACCAUUAUUUUAUUUAUGCUUUCUCCGGUGAGGCUGUAACGGUGAGAUGCUUUUCCAAACUGUGGCUGAUGCACGUCGACCCAAGACAGCAGAAUGUGUUAAAGUUCAGAGGGGAAAGGAAAAGCAGAGCAUUUGCACAAAUCACAUAUCAAAAUUAUUUUGCUGGGUUUCUUUUUUUUUUUUCAUUGGGAAAAAUCAUUGUCACCGUUCACAUCUGAAACCAUUUGAAUCACAUUUUUUGCUGUUACGUUGUUAUUUUAUUACCCCCCCAUGUGUGUUUGUCUCCACCUGCUGUUGGAGGUGUGUGUGUUUUGUUUUUUCUGUUGGUUGAAGGAGGUACAGUCCAUCAUAGCUGUUUGUACGUAUUUGAAUGAUCUCAGCGGCCACCCGGCACUACCACUUUUACUCAUAUCAGCGUAUCUGCAAGCAGGAUGUUGGUGUGAUAUUAGAUACUUAACAGGGCCAAAAAGGAUGUUUCACUAAGAUCACUAUCACACUGUUGCUCCACAUUUUACACAGUUGACGAGUUGACCUCAUAUCUGCUAAUAAAAUAUCUGCCUUGAUGCACCGCUGGGCUCACAGUGGAUAAAGGAAACUAUAACUUAAUGCAGUUUUAUAGAAGUAUUCAAUAGAUUACAAAGUUUCUGUGAACACAGUUGUGUUAUUCCACCGUGUGUGUGCGCGCGCGUGUCGUGUUAAACUUGAUCUUGAUUUAACAGAAAGUCUUAGUCAUGAUCUCUGAGCGUGGAGCUGGAAAGACCAGGAUGUAGCCAGCAGAGCAAGAUGCAAGCAAGUUGCAUUAUGGGAACCGUAGGAACCACUUAAAGCCAGGAUAUCCAUGCCUCCGCAGUGUUUUACUGGGACUCCUUUGUCUGGCUGCUUUUUGAACUCAAUGUGGAUGUUUGAUCCACCAUCAUCCCUUUAAUACCUUUUAAAAAGGGACUAAAAUAUUCUGAUUUACUUUAGUUUCCUUUUUUUAAAACUAGGAGAUGGCUUUAAAAACACUUGGAGGCUCGCACAGCGGCAUCUUUUCCCUGACCCUCCACGUCUUUCCAGCUCCACGACCCUCUCCCGUAACACGCAUUCAGUUGAUCUCAUGUCAAAACAUUCCCUCUGUGUGAGAUCUUGUAAGAGCCAGUGCACAUCACAACUUGAAACAUUGUUUGCUGCACACACUAGCACAUGACUGUUUUAAAAUAGACAUGAAAACGUCCUUUAAUGCUGGGGAAACAGCCCACAUGACAGCGAGCUGAGGUAGCCGCGUGGGUGACGUUACGACAUUCGUUUUUGUUCAACCCAUACACUCGUGUGAAGCAAUAAUCAUCAUUGUCACGAUAUGAGUCUGCUAAAAGGUCAGGUGAUGUCAUCACUGACCCCACCUCCCGACACCACAUCGACCCAGAUAACAGAGCGACCACUGAGCUCGGCGUUUGGGGGCAUCAGCACUGCACACUGCAGUUUCUGCAUGAUAUUUUGGAGCAGAUGGCAGGAGGAGGAAACGCGAGUCCUUCCUGACCGAAGGCAAGUGACACAAAGCCCAAAACACCUACAGUGUCAGUGCAGUUCUGAUGCCCCCUUGUGCUCAAUGUGGACACCCAUAGUGUCCAAAAUAAUGCUGUCACAUGUUGGAGGUGGUGGUUACGUGGCUCCAAAACAGCCUCCCUUUUCAAAGUAGCAGAGUUGAUUACAUAACCGUCUGUUAGACUGAAACAAAAGUAAUAACAGCUCGAAAUUUAUUCUCCACACUCCUCCACAGCCGUCACCUAGGAAAUAUUUUUAAUUAAUGUAAUCCACUACUAAGUGGCACCAAAGUGAUCUUUUCACGGCUGUUUUCUGUGCCCCGGGUUCCAAACAGCCGUGAAAAGAGCUUGUGUGAAAACAUGGACCAGAUCCUAUAAAGCACUGCAGCACUGACGUCAUCCGGAGGCCUUGUAUCUGAGUUCAGAUACAAGGCCUGGAGGGGUUUUGUAGAAGCAGAUGAUUACUCAGUCACAUAACUCAGUGGUGACUUAAUAUUUCAUCACGCCUCGAGCCCCCGUGAUCUUCACGUCCAAAUGAGAACAAAUGCUGUCAGGAAUACUGGUCGUGUCCGUCCACUGAGGCCUCAGCACGAGUGGAAAUUGGUACUAAAGAUCAAACCAUUUGUUUAAGUAGAAAAGUAAGAUCAGAGCUGGAGGCUGAUGACUUCAGUGCCAAGAUGCUCUUUCAAAAUAAAAGUUUGCAGACUUGCAUGAAGUUACAAUACCCCCAAUCAUAAAAAGAGGGAGUUCAGAUUGAAAUGUCAGCUGCCAGUGUCGUGCAGCCUGUCACUCGGAGCCCAUCAGAAAGAUGCGGGGAUGCAUGUCAGCGCUCAGUUUGUUGACUUCAUGUUUGUUUCCUCCUCAUCAGUAAAUCGUGCUGCACCUGAGCAUUACUACAUAAUUUCUUCUGUUUUCUGAUGCUGUUUGUCUGUCCUCCUUCUGUCUGUAAACCUGUCUUAUAGCUGAAGAUGCUGUUCUAUUUACGAAAUAAAAACAUUUUUAAGAAA